AUGGGAAGCAAAGCUUUGCCAGCACCUAUCCCUCUACACCCGUCUCUUCAACUGACCAACUACUCAUUUCUGCAAGCUGUCAAUACGUUUCCCGCGGCGGUAGACCACCUGCAAGGAUUAUACGGUCUGAGUGCAGUGCAAACAAUGCAUAUGAAUCACUGGACGUUGGGCUAUCCUCAUAUGCAAGGACUGCGGUCAACAAUAACCGAAAUGGCUGCAGCGCAAGGCCUCGUGGAUCCCCGAUUCCCCUUCCCCACAUUACCGUUUACUGCGCACCUCUUCCACCCUAAGCAAGGUGCCAUAACGCACGUUAUUCCCUCACUGCACAAAGAUAGGCCGAGAUUUGACUUUGCCAAUCUCGCUAUCGCCGCAACUCAAGAAGAUCCACCGAAAGCCGGGGAGCUGUCUAAAUUAACCGCAGGCCUUGGCGGUGCGAUCUCAGAGCUGAACAAACUUUCCCCGGACAGGAAACCCACGCGCGGGAGACUCCCGUCCAAGACGAAAAAGGAAUUUAUUUGCAAGUUUUGUGGCAGGCAUUUCACGAAGUCCUACAAUUUACUCAUUCAUGAGAGGACCCACACCGACGAGAGACCUUACACCUGUGAUAUUUGCCAUAAGGCAUUCAGGAGGCAAGAUCACCUCCGAGACCACAGAUACAUUCAUUCCAAGGAAAAACCUUUCAAAUGUCAAGAGUGUGGGAAGGGAUUUUGUCAGUCGCGAACUUUAGCCGUUCAUAAAACAUUGCACAUGCAGGAGUCUCCUCACAAAUGCCCCACAUGCGGAAGAACCUUUAAUCAAAGAAGUAACCUGAAAACUCACCUUCUUACCCAUACAGACAUCAAGCCCUACAGCUGUGAGCGGUGCGGAAAGGUGUUUCGGCGCAACUGUGACCUGCGACGGCAUAGUUUGACACACACACCUCAUCAGGACUACUAG